CGGAAAAGAAGUAACCUAUAUGUACAGUAAAACGGCCAGAAUCUGGGCUUCCGACUUGCAUUGCAUGUAUUUUUUACAUGGUCUUCACGGAAGACGCUCGUUGUUAUUGGAUAACUGUUGACAACGACCACUAUGGCAGCGCCAACAGCCCCCUCUGCACCUCCAUCCUACGAUGAAGCCACAGUGGGCGCCACUGACCCAGCCUACCCUCCCUCACAGCCAGGGUACCCUCCCCAGGGCUACGGCUACCAACCCCAAGCGGCUUACCCACCCCAGGGCAGUGCUCCUUACCCACCACAGGGCAGUGCUCCUUACCCACCUGGUGAAGCCUAUCCACCAAGCACAGCAUAUCAGCCGCAGCCACAGCCACAGCCACAGCCGCAAGCAACCACCGCUAGCUAUGGUGUGUCUGUUGAAACUCCAAGGGGGGAAGCCUGGUCCCCCAACACAGGAAGGACCUCGCCGUCUGACGAUGUAGAGGGCUUCACAGCUGGAGGAGGCCUGACCGACAAGUCUGUCAGACGCAAGUUUAUCCUCAAGGUCUAUCUGAUUCUGACCGCUCAGCUUGCUGUCACCUUUGGAACUGUGUGCCUUUUCGUCUUUGUGGAGCCCGUGAGGUAUUAUGUUCGAAACAACCAGGCCGUCUAUUGGGCAUCAUAUGGCGUCUUCCUGUUCGUGUAUAUCGUGCUGGUGUGCUGUGCAGAUUUCCGUCGCAAGACACCCCACAACUUCAUUGCUCUCGUCAUCUUUACUCUUGCGCUCUCCUACAUGACUGGUACCAUCUCUAGUUUCUACUACAACGAAGGCAAUGGCGGAGGCAGGGUUGUUCUGAUUGCCAUGGCGAUUUGCGCUGGUGUGACCAUUGGCAUCACGCUCUUCUCAAUCCAGACCAAGUAUGACUUCACCUCGUGCGGUGGAUUCCUGUUCAUCUUUGCCUGGUCUCUCUUCCUGUUUGGUUUCAUUGCCAUCUUCACUUACAGUCAGAUCCUGUACACUGUGUAUGCAUGGCUGGCCGCCUUGCUGUUCAGCCUGUUUCUGGCUUAUGACACCCAGCUUCUGGUCGGCGGAAAGCGCUACCAGUUGAGUGAAGAGGAGUACAUCUAUGGCGCCCUCAACCUGUACAUAGACAUCGUGUACAUCUUCCUGAUCAUUCUGUCCCUUGUUGGGGGCGGCAGUCGCUAAACUCCGCCCACUGAAACCCUCCCCCCUCCCCACAAUGGAGGCAUGGUCACACCCACAACCGUAAGUCCCAUUCAUGGAUUACGUAAGAUCUUAGAUGUUGUACAAUGGAACUUACAUUGAUUAGGAUUUGAAGCAGUAACAGAUAAUGGUGCACUGUGCUACAAGAGAAGUUUGGUGUUUGGAAAUUUAUUUGUCAAGAAAAGGUGAAUACAGAAAAUAAGACCACCCAGGGUAUUCUUAAACUUAUAUGUAAGUUGAAAUUUAAGGGAUUCGGCUCCAUAGAUUAAAGGGAAUUGCUUCAUGGAGUUAACAUCUGGAUUGCAAAUGCAGGAUCAAGACAAUUUGAAUUGGACCAUGAUUUGUUUCAAGUUGAACCGUCAUUUUUAUUUUCACGAACAAAAGUAUGCUUUCAGUUGCUUUUUGUCUUCAAGCAAAAAAUUGCUCAAAAUUGCAAGUGGGGCGCAUAGCAACUAAUCUGUGGAUAUUUCAGCUCAAUGAGUACUAUACACUUUGAGAAAAUAUACAUAUAUGCAUAAAUUUGUAUGUCUUGUAACUGGAUUCCUUUGCUAAUGCAGUAAAAAAAGUUUGCCCGUGAGCACAUUUUUUUAAAACUACCUUCAAUGAUCGUUUCCUUCUGAGUAAUACCAUUUCAGGCGGAAUAAUUUCAAAAUAUUUUUUGGUACCAGCCCUAUCUUCACUUUGAGGAGUGAUUUUUUGGUAAUUAGUGGUUUUCUUUUAAGUAAAUCACAAAAGAUUUCAACGGUAAAUUCAUUGAGUAUCAAUUGUAAUGUCUGUUGAUGGUGUAAUAUUUAUACCGAUGUGCAUGUAGACGCCUACAAUGUAAAGUGUUUUAAAUCGUCCUUCAUUAAAUCUCGACAAAUUUUCAGAUAAGAAAGUUGUAAAAUAAAACUUUAUAGUUAUAAAAAGUACAAAUUGUCGUAUCCAUAUAUGUUAUACUGUUAUCAUUGAUGUGCAUCGUGUACCUGUGAAAUGUUUACAAGAAGCAUGAAUUGUUCCAUUUCACAUACAUUGUACAAUGUUUCUAUAUUUUGCUGUUAAAGAUAGGGAUAAGUGGCUUAUUUUUGUGCAAAUUAUGUGACAUAUUUUAUUGCUGUAUAUUAUAUAUCUUUCAUAAGUAGAGGUUUCUCUUGUUGCAAUGUGUAACUAUGGUUUAUCCAAUGUAUGGUGGCUGCUAAUUGGGGAAAAUGUUCUAUUACAUAUAGCUUGAAUUUGACUGGUCCUACUGUGUUGCGUAAGUCUCACUUACCGUAGGCCCAAAAAGUGUCAAAAAAGUAGGCCCAAAAUAGGAUUGAUUGCUGAUGCAUGAACAGUACAGGUCGCUUGCAAAAUUGGACAUUAAACAGCAGUUGGGAUAUAAUUGUUGCUGCGUGUGUCUUUUUAAAAUUAUUAGUAGUGCAAGUGACUUGCAAAUUUGGACAUGAAAAAGCAGUAGGGACAAUUAUCCCUUGGUUAGCCUGGGCUGACAUGAAUUUCACACAGAUGAAGAACACAGAUGUGAGGAUAUAUUCUUGGAAGGGACCAAAAUUUGGAAAGAAUUAAACGGUGAAAAUAUAACUACGUGUAUUGAUUUGUCCAAGAAUAUUGAGUGUUACAUAUUGUAUUGAAAAUUUCGUAAGUUGAAAAUUUGUUCAAAGACUUUUUUUUUUUUAUUGAGGUGGUGAGCUUUGGUAUGUUGCAGGGUUUUGUUGUUGCCUUUUUAUGUUUGUUGUUGCUGCGUUUAUGUAAACUGUAAUGUGGGAUCGAAAGAUAAUCUAUGCGGGAAUGUAAUUAUAUAGAAUUAUAGUAGAGACUUUUAAUUGUAGUGGAGAAUUUUAAUGGACUUAUUAUGUACGUACAUGUAACGUAGACAGUUUAAACAGUUUUGCGAUUGCACCCGAUGCAGCUUGGCACAGUAAGUUUCACACAAACCCGACGGCGAUUCCAGUAGCAUUUGCAACAAUCUUAACAAAAUCGUUCCUUGCUGACUGGGAAAAAGUCAACAUUGCUGGAAAAAUAAUUUCGAAAGAUUUUAAGUUUUACAGCAGCAGAGUUCCCAAGUAGCCUUCUUUGUAUUAUAUUCACAUUAAUGGUCUUUCAAUUCUUUCUGGUUGAAGUUCAGUAAAUUAAUUUGCACGAUUUAAACAUUGAGUUAGGUCUGCUUUAAAUUGACAAAAAAAACCUACAAUUUGUAUAUAAACGUCAACCAAGGACUUUCUUAGCUGAGGGGUCAAUUUGGAAAGAAAGGUUUUACACUGGCAGUCGCAUCAUCUAUACAUGAGUUAUGAAGUAAACAUGAUUAUGGCGCACGGGAGAUAUGGAGAUUUAAAAUUAAAAAAAACUGGUUAUGUUUGGUUCCUACAAUCAAACCUGCGUCCGCAGGGGUGUCAAUGGGGGGGGGGGGGGGGGGGGGGAAUGUCCCCGCCCACCCUCGAAAACUAUGAUACAUUGAGAAUAUGCUAGAGAAAGUACAAGGAUUUUGAGAGCUUGCGCCCUCUAGAACAAAUCCUGGCGACGCCCAUGUGAGCCGGUCCAUUGGGUGGCCACUGUCUCUUAUCUCGUUAUGCGUAUUGCAAAUAAGAAUAAUAAUAUCCAUAUACUGAACAAUUAGUGAGGCAUAACAAGCAAUAUAUAAUUGCAUAUUUAUAGGCCUAUAUUAUAAUUUGUUGGAGUACAUUUAUAAAGAGUGUAGUUUUUGUGUAUAGCGAUUACAAUACUUCCAUGAUUGGAUUUUCUUGCUUUGUUCUCAGAGUGACAUUAAACACCUAAAAGUCUUCACAAUAAACUUCCAGACUGUGUCAACCUUUUUCAUCCGUCGUUGUGAUAUUAUAUCGACUAAAGAUAGAAAUAAAUGACUUGCACGUGUAUAUUCUAA